UUUCCUAUUGUUAUUCGUGCGGAAGCAACACACAGGUAUUUACUAUUCCAGUAUACCCUGGAACACUAUCCUGGGAAGAAACUUUUAAUCGUAGAAUGUAACCAUGGCCGAAGAAUCAGCAGACCCCGAGGUUCGGGUAUUGGAAAGUUUAAGGAUUAAUAUUGGUGAAGCUAAGAACUUGAGUUCCACAAGGGAUUGCUAUUGCACUGUUAAAUUGGACCAAGAGGAAGUUUACAGGACAGCAGCCAGAGAAAAGACACAAUGUCCAUUCUGGGGGGAGGAGUACAUAUUUGACAUUCCUAUCAAAUUCCGCAUGCUCUCUUUCUACAUCUACGAGAAGGAUAAGCUGAAGCGGUCCGACUCGGCGAUCGGCAAGGUGGCGCUACGUCGGGGAGAGCUCCAUAAAUGCCAAAGCAAGGACCAGUGGUAUCCACUGACCCCCAUAGACCAAGACACAGAAGUUCAGGGUAAGGUCCAUGUUGAAAUAAGGACAAGUGAAUUACUGAAUGGAUCAUCCUCUAUCACAAAGCUUGCAGUCAGAGUCGUCGAGGGAAGCGGACUAACCAUCGUCAAUGGCCAAUGUGAUACCUACGCCGCGGUCUCAUAUCAUUCUGCCUCCAGGUUAGAAACAAAAAGAACUAAGGUGAAAAGGAAAUCUACAAAUCCCCAUUUUGACGAGGCAUUUCAGUUUGAGUUGCAGAAGAAUAAUUCCUACGUUGAGAAGAAUCAUUUUAGUCCACCAGAAGAAGACAUCUGCAAGACAGAACUCAGAAUUGCAUUGUGGAACUCUGUAUCUGGUUUAUCAGGCGACGUGUUCAUCGGCGAGGUCAAGAUACCCAUUAGUGCUCUGGACAUGUCGACGGGGCUUCACGAAGCAUGGUACUUCUUGAAGCCAAGAGAAACAAGCAAUGCCAGACAUUCCAAGUCGGUCGGCUCAUUACGAGUGAGAAUCGAGUAUCAGAAGGAUUAUGUCUUUCCAACGUCUCUUUACGAAAACCUCAGGGAAAUACUCCUCACAUCGCCAGAAGUAGAGCCCACAACGUCCAGUGCAGUGUACAUUCUUGGGGAGUUUGUGAAGGAGAAGAUAACAGCCGCCAGACCGCUGGUCAGACUCUUCCAUCACUAUGGUCAAAUUCUUCCCAUUAUCAGGGUACUGGCCGAACACGAAAUUUCAACGACAACGGACCCGCACACGAUAUUCCGGGGCAACUCGCUGGCAUCAAAGUGCCUGGACGAGUUCAUGAGGUUGCAGGGCCUCCAUUACCUGCACGAUGUCCUGAAGGGCGUGGUCGACGACAUCUACGAGGAACGCAAGCAGUGUGAGAUCGACACCACCAAGUUCAAGGACGGAGAGAACUUGGAAGCCAAUCUUGCCAAUUUACAGCAUUACAUUGAGAAAGCGUUCCAAGCCAUCGUGGGCUCGGCGGCGACGUGUCCUACUUCGAUGUGCGAAGUCUUUUAUUACCUCAAGGAGGCCGCCUCCAGACAGUUUCCUGAUGAUCCUGAUGCCAAAUACUCCGCUGUGAGCGGUUUUGUUUUCCUUCGAUUCUUUGCUCCUGCCAUCCUUUCUCCCAGGUUAUUCCACCUCAAGAAAGAAAACCCUGAUGAGUUGGUCAGCAGAACACUAAAGAUGGUAUCCAAGGCAAUACAGACACUGGGGAACCAUGUCAACCCAGACAAACUGAGCUCUGUCAACAUGAAAGAGGAGUACAUGACCCCCCUCUACUCCAACAUACUGGACAGAGAACACGUACAAGGAAUCAGAAAGUUUCUCGAGAAAGUAUCAUCGAGUAAAUCCAAGACCAAGUCGAUGGAGGCCCCAAUCGUGUUGAAAGAAGGGUACAUGAUAAAGAGAGCCCAAGGCAGGAAGAGGUUGGGUAUCGGUAUGAAGAACUUCAAGAGGAGGUGGUUCAGACUGACAAACAGAGAGCUCACGUAUUCCAAGAGUGACGACUGCCUACCGUUGUGUACAAUACCCAUCUCAGAUGUACUAGCUGUGGAGAAGCUAGAAGAAGAAUCAUUCCAAAUGAAGUUUAUGUUCCAAGUAGUUCAACCAAAGAGGGCGCUAUAUGUCCAAGCCAGCAACUGUGUAGAGGAGAAAGCUUGGGUUGACAUGCUUUCCAAUAUAUGCAAGAGCAAUCGUCAUAGACUAAGCUACUAUCAUCCCGCUGCCUUUGUCAACGGUCAUUGGAUGUGCUGUAAACUGCAGAAUGAAUCGGACAGGGGAUGCACACCGGUGACAGGGGUCGUACCAUGGAGUGUCACGCUAGACAUUGAUCCAGACAGGGAGAUGGAGAGAAUCUACACGUUAUUCAAAGCCAACAUUGCCAAAAUAGAGAAACUUGAAGAUGCCUGCGCGUUACAAGCUGUCUACCAAGGCACGCGGUCAGAAGCCCCUCCCACCAUGCUGGUGGAAGACUCCAAGAGCUGCUUUGAGACUGUCAAGGGUCUACUGUUCGAGCUGCAUCACAUAGAGGAAGCUCAUGUCAACUAUAGGACCUUGAGAGAAGAGACCAGAGAGUACGGGAGCAAGCAAACACCGAUCGGCGAUGAGAACUUCAACAACUCCUUCAAAUGACAACUAGCUGUCGCAUUGUUUGGACUAUGCCUGGUGGGACUGUACCAUGUCUGCAUUGCCUUUUGCCGAUGAACAGCCCUCUACCAACAUGGCUUCAUUAAGGACAUUCUUUGCUGAUGUCGUUGAGACAGUGUUCCUUUACAUAAUCAGUAAAUCCUUUUACACAUUCGGCACUGUUUGGACUAUACUUGGUGGGACUACUAUUACAGCAUCGCCUUCUGUAUAUGAACAGCUCUAUGACAGCAUGGCUUCUUCAAAGAGGAACAUUCUUCACUGAACAGCUCUCUGACAGCAUGGCUUUAUUAAGAACAUUCUUUGCCAAGGUUGUUGAGAAGUUGUUCCCUUUACGUAAUCAGUAAAUCCUUUGAAACAAUCAGCAUUGUUUUUACUAUAUCUGGUGGGACAACUAUUUAAGCUUUGCCUGUUGGCAGCGAUGAGCCUUCUGACAAUAUGGCUUCUUCAAGAAGAAAGUUCUUCCCGAUUCCUGAUUCUGAUGAGAAUUAGUUGAGAAGUAAUUCCUUUUGGACAAUUAGUAAAAUAUAAACUGUCCAGCUGUGGCAUUGGUUUGAGAAUGAAUGGUAGAGCUGUAUCACAAUUGCCUUGGACCAAUGAACAGCCCUUGGGAAGCUUGGUGUCUUCAAGAAGAAGGUAGAUCCUCUUCUGCUUCCAGGGGGGCGUUUCACAAAACUUAUCAUCAGUGACAACUGACAGUUUUUGUUACAAGCUAUUGAAAUCCUUGCUUCUGAUUGGUUAUCGGCAGUUUUGUCUUUGAUUUUUGUCAUUUGUCAUUGAAAAAAAGGCUUUGUGAAACGGGUCCCAGAAGAGUGUUCUUCAUCAAUACAUGAAUUCUGCUCGAGGGAUAUGGUUAGGAUCACCUAAGGUGUGCAGAGUCCAUCCUUUCCUUACAUUUCACCAAUGGAUUCUACUAAUAUACAACACACUGAUAAUUCGGCUUCUUUGAGAAGAGCCAUUCUCUGCUGAUUCUGACGAGAACUGGUUCCCUUUACCUAAUAAUUUUUUUUUUAAUCACAAAUAUUUUUGCUUUUGCGUCAUGGCAUCUACAAUGUUCAUACAUAUCUGUAGAUGUGUAAGAAACGUUCGUCUAAGGAAGGUUGUCACCUAUUAGUACACUGCUGAUAAAGAAUUAGCUCCCAGAUUUGAUUCUAUUUGGAUCAGUUACAUCAACCCAUCAUCACCAGAUGUACUCGCUCUACAGAUUAGGAUUAACGUACACCCUUGAAAUAUAGCUGAAGUCAUUCAUACGUUUAGUGGUAUAUUUCUGUCUAGGCUUGACAUGAGAUUUUUAUAUGGUAUAUCGCUGACUCUCCUUGUCACUUACUCGCACAAAAACAAAAACAAAUAUGCAGUUUUCUUUUGUAAGCACUGCCAUGAGCAAAAUUAGUCAAUGGAAAGGAAUGUACAUGUAUUAUCUUCCAGGAAGGACCAUUGCAGGGAGAUCAAUUAUAUUUUUUCCAAUUUUAAAUCAAACAGAAAGUGUGAAAAGAAAAAAACACACCCAGAUCUAACAUAGUCUGUUGAGAUAUUGAAAUAGGUUCAUGGUUUUAGAUGUAUGAGUAAAAUACAUGAAGAUGAAAUAUUGGGUAAAAGGGGAAAAACUGAAAUCCAAUUGGGAAAGGUGAAUUGAAUCAGUAUCCAGUAUUUACAAAGCCAGUAGUAGAAGGACUUUAUUCUCUGUAGUACUAUAAUAAAUCCUCAUCAUCUUCAUUAUCUUAAAAAUAUGAUUGUCAUAUUUAAAUGGGAAGGAAAAAUGAAAUUCACUUGAAUGAAGAUGAAAGAUAUUGGAAUCCAGUACUUAAAAGGACAGUAGUAGCAUUUUUACUAGGAAUGAAGUAGUACUAUGAUCAUUGCAAUCACAAUCAUUGUUAUUACUAUCAUCGUCACCAUCACCUUCAUCAUCGUCGUCAUGGUUAUUAUCAUUACCACCACCAUGAUUAUCGCUGUCGUUUAUAUUUGUCGUCACAACCAUCAUCAUUAUUUUUGUCAUUGUAAUUGUCAUCCUCACCACCCAUAUAUUACCUCCACCAUCUUCAUCUUCAUCAACAUCAUCAUCAUCAUCAUCAUCUUCUUCAUCAUCAUCAUCAUCAUCAUCAUCAUCAUCAUCAUCUUCUUCAUCAUCAUCAUCAUCACCAUCUUCUUCAUCAUCAUCAUCAUCAUCAUCAUUGUCAUUGGUGCUUUUGCUUCUGUUGCGUACAGUGUACUUGAUCGGGCAGCUACCGGUAGUUAAAUGGUUAACUAUCGCAAAACUUUUCCUCCAUGUGAAAUAAUGAUUAACGCCAAACAGCAAAUGCUAUUGCAAUACAGAGAGAGACAAUAAAUUGACAGCCAAUCAUGCACAUGGUAAUAAAUAUCCUAAGUAACUCAUAUGAAAGGCAGAUGCUGAUUGGUUUGUUGACUGAUUUCAAAUGGAUAAAGAGAAUAGUAUAUGAUAAGCUUUAUCAUCUGACAUCUUUUUCAACUCGUAAGAGGUGGAUAUACAUGUACACGUAGUCAAUUUUGUACUCUCAUACUGUAUCUACUUAUAACAUCCGUUUGGUCGAGGCUUUUACAGAAAUAUUUGUUUGGUAGCUCUUUUCUCUAUU